AUGAGCAUCGCUUGCAAACAGACCAACAGUUCUUAUUUGAAGAAAGUGGUACCGAAGGAGAUUUCGCUUAAUCAAGCAGUACGGACUGAACGAAUAGGCGGAUCAGAUGCAACGAAUGGAGAACUAACAGAUGAAGAUGAGUACGAGGAGUACGAGGAUGAAGAAGACUACGAAGAGGAUGAAGGUGGAGAAGAACAGGAUCAGGACGACAGAGAGAAAGAAGAGGAUGGCCGAGAGACCACUCGUGCGGUAACAGUGGGCUCUUCCAAAAAACCAAAAGGCACUGAAAUAAGCGAGAAAGACGACAAGAAAACAUCCCAAGUUAUGGUCACUACGGCACGACCCACCAAAACAAGCCCGACAUCCCGGCAACCAAUUAUAACGAAAGCUUCGACUAAAAUUAAUCCAGUUGUUACGUCCCCACCUUGCUUUGACAAAAUCAACCAUAUUACGGGUCGAUCAGACUGUCCUUUCAGAAGGAAUCUGUGUAGUCAGGCAAGUUACGUACAGCUCAUGCGGGUGCAAUGUCCUCGCACAUGCGGUUUCUGUGAUUCCAGAAGGAUCCCAAAAUCAGAGCCUGUUGCAGAGGAAUGCAGGGAUAUGAUCAACCCUCGAACAGGACGCUCAGAUUGUCCGAAUCGUCGUCCGCUCUGUCAAAACAUUGUCUACCAAAAGCUAAUGAGAGAGCAGUGCCCUCGUACUUGUGGAAUUUGCAGUUUCUCCAGAAGCCGCACGAGCGGAUAA